CGCCGCGCCGCCGACGAAUGUUGCGGCGAGCGAUCCUAACCUCAGCUGGCUCAGCUGAUUAUACAGCUAACCUAAAAGUGACGAUUGCUGACGGAUGCUCAUCGAAUUCUGAUAAAAUUCUGUUAUUUUUGAGACGGAAACGUGACGACGAUCUCUAUUAGCUGUCUCGACGAGGAGCGACGUCAGCAUGAUUCUCGGAAUAAUCCCGUUUACGUGAUCGAUUAUAUAACGCGACGGCACGGACUUCAACAUGCUGUCCGAGGUUGACGUAUUCAUCAGCAACUACACGCUGGUCGAUCCCGAGAUCUAUCAGCUCUGGGUCGACGGGCACACUUCCAGCGACGCGGUCAACAUUCUGCAUCAACGAGGAAUCUGUCAGCAGACCAACGCGCCGCUCGAGCUGGUCGCGUCCGACAUCCUCGACCACUAUCGCACCUACGCUUUGCUCGAGAAGCUGCUUCACACCCCUACGAAACUCGCCAGCGAGCAGCUGGCCUUUCAGAUAGAGCCGCAGACCAGUCAGAUGCUCAUAGAAAUGUAUUACGAAUUUGACGAUGUCGUUAUACGCGAGUUACUGGGGAAAAAGAUAACGUCCAAGAGUAGAAAGGACAUGGAUGAGGUAGCGGAGAAGACGGGGAUCACGUUGAAGAGCUGCAGAAGGCAGUACGACAACGUGAAGAGGGUGUUUAAAACCGUCGAGGAUUUGCCAGGUUCUCUCGCAGCAAAUAUCAAACAGCACUUCUUACUUUCUGAGGACCUCGCUAAGCGAUACGCCGCAGUGGUGUUUAUAGCAUGCCUGCGAUUCGAAAUGAAUAAAAGGAAAUUACAGUUCUUAACGUUUCCCGAUCUGUAUCACUGUGCCAACAGUAUGAUGGCGUCGUGGACGUAUCGCUGCGUCGGAUCCGAAUACUUUGACACCGACUUGGACAGGGAAUUCUUACAGGAAUUAUCGGAAUGCAGGGUUCUUCUAGAAAACGACAAACAUCACAAACAUUUAGUGUGCCUCAAGCUCAAGCCGAUGCUUCUCGAUCGAUCUUAUCAGGAACUGGACGUAAACUUUCGUUCGUACUCGAGAGCGAUACUCGGUAUCGGAUGCAACCUGCACAGAUCACGAGAACUGAGAUUUUUCUUUUUGGAGCUGGUGGAGAGGUGUAUCGAACCUUGGCGGCAAGUCAAUUGGACGCAUUCCGAUCUGCGGAAUUUCUUAGCUGUCUAUACGCAGUGCGCUCUUGACAUGGAUGUACUUAGAGAAGGCGAAUUGAGAGAUGCGUUUGAACGUUACAUGACAGUAGUGACAUGCUGUCUCUUACGUAUGUAUCAUACAUAAAUUGUCAAUGUAAAAAAGUAAAUAUAUGCAGUAAUAAUAAUGAUAAUAUAUACUUAGGUGUAGAAGUGAACGAUUGAUAAUUUGUAAAUUACUGUAUUUAUUAAUUUUCUGUAAUAAAUAGUAGACAUCAGUGCAGCAUCUCGUAUGCUGCCUGUAAUUGUGCAGUUAGACAUA